AUGUUCAGAAAGCUGCACUCAGUCUUCCACACCAGCCCACAGAGGAAGGUGGAGGUGGCUAAGAGCCCUUACUACGACAGGGCUGGCUCAGGUGUGAGGCUGAUUCGCAGCAGUUCCAUGUACGUGGUGGGGGACCACGGGGAGAAGUUCAGUGAGUCGCUGAAGAAAUACCGGAGCACCAGCAGCAUGGACACCAGCCUGUACUACCUGCAGCAGGAGGGGGACCGCGCCUGGAUGUACUCCCGCACCCAGGACUGUCUGCAGUACCUGCAGGAGCUGCUGGCACUGCGGAAGAAGUACCUCAAGAGCCUCAGUGAACUGAAGGCCCACCACAGCCACGGUGCAUCCUCCACCUCCUCCAAGUCCUCCAAGGGGGCCAAAAAGGCCCUGGUCCAGCACAUCUCCAAAGAGACGAAGAAAGCCAAUAAGAAAUACUCGCAGUUCAGUGCGGAUGUGGCAGAGGCCAUGGCCUUCUUUGAUGCCAUCAUUGCUGAGCUGGACACAGAGAAGUGGCCACGUGCAGCUGAGACCUCAGCAGAGCCCCUGAGUGAAGAUGUGGACUUUGAUGUGGCCACCAGCUCCCGGGAGCACAGCCUGCACUCCAACUGGAUCCUGCGGGCACCACGCCGGCACUCUGAGGAUGCAGCUACAUUCGCUCUACACACGGCUGAAGGUCUGUUCCAAAGGAAUGGAGAGUAUAGGACCCUGGGCACGCAGAGGAGGCUGGAGCGGCACCCCAUUUAUCUACCAAAGGCUGUGGAAGGGGCCUUAAACACCCUGAAAUUUAAGCCCAAAGCCUGCAAGAAAAAUCUGGGAACCUCCAGGCAGAUUCUCAUCAGCUUCUCAGGAGACGAUAUGCACUGGGACAUGGAGCUCUUUGCACUGGAGCCUCUGGCAUCUCCAGAGGAGGACUGCUUGGAGACUGAGAACCCCAAAGGGCAGUGGCUACUCUGA